CUUCACUUCAUGCCGGUUCUUGACGCUCACCCCCCUCCCUGGAGAGAGAUGGAGAGAGAUAUAUGCCCUUUCCCGCCUUGGCCCUGCGCUUGAUGCCUUGUCGAGGCUUGGUCGAGGGCUGGGCCGGCUCGUCUUCUCUCGCAUUGUUGGACGUUUUGAGUUGUUGUCCCCCCCUCCUCCCCCCCUGGUCGUCGAGCGGUCUGUGCUGCGCGAGCCGAUCAGAUCUGAGAUGAGGGUAGGGGACGACUCCUGGAAGGUAUAUGCAAUAUGUUCCCAAUGUUUCGAGGGGGCUUCACGGCUCUUUCUUUUCCCCAAUCAUCUACCGGUGGCUCCGGGGGAGGGGUUCUUUCCUUGCUUCUCGAGACAGACGGCAAAUAGUCGUCGCGUGUUUCCCUACCAACAGCGGUGGGACCAUGCGUUUCCAAGCCCUCGUGGCAAUUUGAUAGUGACGCCGGCACUGUUUCCUCUGUCCGUCCGUGAAAGUGUUCGUGCGCAUGUCAUAUCUUUCUUGAUGUGGCACAUAGCUCCAGGGGAAGGGGGGGGGGGACGGUUGCGUGCUUCGGCCUGGGCCACGACUGUGUCAGAUGACUCACGUUUCCUCUGUCCCGUCUGUCCAAUUCCCGCACAAUGUCCCCCAGCAGAUGUUCUCAGCAGCAGGGCUCACCCAACGGCGCACGCGGGGCGUGGAGAAUGAGUGAGAGAGGAUGGCUCGGAUUUUGUCAGCGGUCUU